CCAGUAUGCUCUCCCAUUUUAUCGGACGCGAAUCGCUUUGGACGGAGAGAAGUUUUCUCUUAGUUCCCCCCAUUAUAUAUAGAAUAUAUAUUGUAAAGUUUACCAGUGAACAGCUGACUGGGCUUGUGCGUAAAAUUGCAGUGCACGUGUCACGAGGCCAAGACCGUUGAGAAUUGGCAGUGCUGAAGUCAAGGGGUUUCCCAUUCCGCAGAAGUAGAAACCUCUUUGCUGUGGAAGAUUUCUCUCUGGUUUAAUGCAAAUUAUUCACACAUUUUCUUUUCUUGCAAAUCUUUACCAAAGACGUUUGAGUGUUUUUUUCCCGUGGUUUUUUGAGCAUAAAUUCACCAAAGGUAAUAGUGUGCAUUUGCAAAAUGUGAAUAUCAAAGUGGUGGUACUCGAUGAUCAAACUGUAAUUAGAUUUGGCUAAAUCCAAGGUGGAUUAACGUGAGUGAAGAGUGUUAAUAAAAAAAGAUUUUCCAACGUGGUGAUAGGAGGAGAAUUGAGAGCAAAAAAGUGCCUCAAGAUUGAUAAUCUCAACCAAGAAGAAUCACACAGUGUGAUAUUUAAGUAUAGUGAAAUAGUUAACUUCAUAUCAGUGGACAAAGACUGCAAACAGAAGUGCUACUUUAUCUCGCAGAACAAAAGUCCUGCCAAGUGUUUUAUUUCAAUAGCUGCCUAUUUAGCUAGUAGAAAAACUAAAAAAAAUAAAUAAAUCUCACAAUGAACAGAAGUUCAAAUAACACGACGACAAGGAAAAGAAAUCCCGUUGAGGAUGCCUCCUUUAUCAGCAAAAGAUUAUUUUGGUACUUAAGAGACUUAUUCCGGAUAGGAAUGAAACGGGCAAUAGAGGAUGGUGAUAUUUAUGAGACGCUUCCAGAGCAUAAGAGUGAGGGUCUGUCCAGUAAAUUCGACAGUUUAUGGGCAGUUGAGGUGCAAAAGAAGUCCCCAACGCUCCUUAGAAUAUACGCAAAAGCCUAUGGAUGGCAAGUGAUAGGAUUAGGUUUCCUCUUUUGCCUAAUAGAAACUACAACAAGAGUCGCUCAACCAUUAUGUUUAGGUGGACUUGUGACAUAUUUCUCACCUGGUGAGACAACUACAACAAAGACAGAAGCGUACAUGUACGCUGUGGGGAUUAUUCUAUCAUCUCUCAUACCCGUAGUUAUUUUCCAUCCCUUUAUCUUAUACAUCUUCCAACAUGGAAUGAAAAUUCGCGUUGGAACAUGUGCUUUGAUGUACAAAAAGGUGAUGAGAUUAUCUAAAUGUACAACAUUCGAUGGACUCAAUGGGCAGGUGAUUAACUUAAUGUCCAAUGACGUGGGGAGAUUUGACAUAGCCAUGGCUUUCAUCCAUGAUCUGUGGAAGGGACCACUUGAAGCACUCCUUCUGGGAUAUUUCAUCUAUCGGGAAAUUGGUGUUUCCGGUAUCCUGGGCAUGGCUUUCCUGCUUGGAUUUAUCCCACUUCAAGCUUAUAUUGGACGUAAAGCAGCCACAUUUCGAUUGCGCACCGCCAAGAGAACCGAUAUCCGAAUACGAUUCAUGAAUGAAAUCAUUCAGGGCAUUCAAGUAAUUAAAAUGUACGCUUGGGAGAAAUCCUUUGCUGCCAUGGUGGACAAAGUUCGGCGGAAGGAGAUAAAUGCCAUACGGGGUUCAUCAUACGUGAGAGCUACUUUCUACUGCUUCACCCUAAUCUCCAAGUUUGCCCUCUUUAUCAGCCUCAUGUCUUACAUCUACUUUGGGAAUAUCUUCACAGCUCGGAAGGUAUUUAUCGUGUCUUCCUUCUACAAUGUCCUCAAUGAAUCGAUGGUGCACUUCUGGCCAAUGGCCAUCACAACCUGUGCUGAGGCGUACAUUUCAGCCAAGAGAAUCACAGAAUUCCUCCUGAGGGCUGAGAAGAAGACCAGGCAACCCACGGGGGAGCUGGAGGAAGAUCCUGGGGUAAUUGUGGCGAAUGGGAAGAGUGAGAAGGAGAUUGCAAUGAAUGUCAAGAGGAAGAUUGAGACACUGAGGAAACAGGUGAAAGUAAAUGGAAAGUGCGAUGCUGAGCAUCUUCUGCCACCGCGCAUAGAUAAUGAGGAGGCACAGUAUAAGGGGGUGAUUCUCAAGAAUGUCACAGCACUGUGGAGUGAAGAGAAUGCAGAAGCGAGAAAUGGUCUGACUUCAGUGAAUUUGGAGGUGCACGAGGGACAGAUGUGCGCAGUUAUUGGUCCCGUGGGAUCAGGAAAGACGACUCUGCUGCAAACAAUUAUCGGGGAAUUAGAAGUGGACGAGGGGAAUGUAGAGAUCAAUGGGAGGGUGAGCUAUGCUGCUCAGGAACCAUGGUUAUUUGAGGGAAGCAUCCGGAGGAAUAUUCUCUUCGUGGAGGACUACGAUGAGGAACGAUAUCAUGAAGUGAUAAAAGUCUGUGCCUUACAAAAGGAUCUGGAUAUGUUCCCAAAUGGAGAUGCCACAAUUGUGGGAGAGCGUGGAGUAAGUCUGAGUGGAGGGCAGAAGGCCAGGGUGAGCCUGGCAAGAGCUGUUUACAGAAAGGCAGACAUUUACCUUCUGGAUGAUCCUCUGUCAGCUGUGGACACUCAUGUGGGGAAGCACAUCUUCGAGAGAUGUAUCCGACGCUUCCUGGCAGAUAAAAUUGUCAUCCUGGUGACGCAUCAGCUGCAAUAUCUCAAGGAUGUUCGACACAUUGUCCUCCUCAAUGGAGGAAGAAUUGAAAUCCAAGGAUCUUACGAUGAGAUUCGACAGAGCAAUCUUGAGUCUAUUCUUUCUCUAGCUCCCGAUGAGAGUCAAGAGCCACAGACUCCAGUGACGGAACAGAAGCUCAAAACCUUCCCAUCUCAGGUGGACUUCAAGGGCCAGUCUGACACUCACGUGGAGGAGGAGAAAGAAACUCAAGCCAUUGGCUCUGUCAGCCUCAGUGUCUACAAGUCCUACUUCAAAUCAGUGGACAAUCUCUGUUUCAUCCUGUUUGUCUUUGUGGCCUUUAUCCUCUCCCAAAUUGCCAUCAGUGGUACUGAUUACUUUGUGGCUCAGUGGGUAAAUUGGGAGGAAUCUCUGGUGCGAGAUGACAUGAAUAGCACAAAUAUCCUGACCACAAAUGCCACAGAAUUGAGUGGAAAUGCCACUGAAGAAGUGCAAAUAGUACCUGUGGCCACAGAAGAGGAUGCCACACGCGAGAGAUACAUGAUCAUCUAUGGAUCUCUCAUGGUGGUUCUCCUCUAUUUGGUCAUCCAGAGGACUUUUUCCUUCUUCAGGCUGUGCCUGAUGGCCUCCACAAAAAUCCACGACAGACUCUUUCGUGGCAUUACAAGGGCCACCAUGUGGUUCUUCAACAGCAAUCCUUCCGGAAGGAUUCUCAAUAGAUUCUCCAAAGAUAUUGGCGGAAUUGACAGUCACUUGCCUAAUAGUCUCAUCGACUGCAUUAUUUUCUUCCUGGAAGUCUUUGCUGUGAUGGUUCUGGUUGGAGUUGUGAACUUUUGGAUGAUUAUCCCAACUGUUGUGAUGUCUAUCCUACUGUAUACAAUCAGGAGGAUCUACAUUAGUACGGGAAGAAGUAUAAAACGCCUAGAGUCGAUGACACGUAGUCCAAUUUUCUCUCAUGUGAAUGCCACGCUUCAGGGUCUGUCGACAAUUCGUGCCCUCAAGGCUCAGUCCUACCUCCAAUCUGAGUUCUAUUUGCAUCAGAAUGUGAACUCCUCAGCGUGGUAUAUGUACCUGGCAGCUACGAGAUCCUUUGCCAUGUGGCUGGACAUCAUCUGCGUUAUUUACAUUGCCAUUGUCACUCUGAGCUUCCUGUUUCUGGACAAUGAAACUCUUGGAGGAAAUGUCGGUUUGGCGAUUAUGCAAGUGAACUCCCUGAUUGGGAUGUGUCAGUGGGGAAUGCGACAGACAGCAGAAUUGGAGAAUGAGAUGACUUCUGUAGAGCGUGUUCUUGAGUAUGCUGACCUACCCCCUGAACCACCGCUUGAAACCGCCACCAAGUACCGUCCCUUCAAAGGAUGGCCUAACCGUGGAGCAGUUUCCUUCAACAAUCUCUCUCUGCGAUACUCCAAAGAUACUGAAGUUGUCCUCAAAGAUCUCAAUUUCUCAAUUCAACCUGGAGAAAAAAUUGGAAUUGUUGGCCGAACGGGAGCUGGGAAGUCUUCAAUGAUCCAGGCUCUGUUCAGGCUGGCUCCCAUUGAGGGACGCAUUGAAAUCGAUGGCAUAGACACUCAGACACUGGGUCUGCAUGAUCUCCGGAGCAAAAUCUCCAUUAUCCCUCAAGAUCCGAUCUUGUUCUCGGGCUCCCUGCGAGCCAAUCUCGAUCCCUUCGAGGAGCGCAAGGAUGCCGAGAUCUGGAGUGCCCUUGAGGGAGUGGAGUUGCGUGGGGCUGUGGGGCAGUUGGCUGGUGGGAUUGACUGUCGCAUGGCAGAUGGAGGAUCGAACUUUAGCAUGGGUCAGAGGCAAUUGGUGUGCCUGGCCAGGGCCAUUCUCCGGGACAAUCGCAUCCUGGUGCUGGAUGAGGCGACAGCCAAUGUGGAUCCGGAGACCGAUCGCCUCAUCCAGACCACAAUUCGCACGAGAUUCGCCCAUUGCACAGUGCUCACGAUCGCCCAUCGGCUGCACACGGUCAUGGACAGUGAUCGCGUACUGGUGAUUGAUACUGGUCGCGUGGUGGAAUUUGGACAGCCCCAUGAACUUCUCCAACGACCCGGGGGACACCUGAGGUCACUCGUAGACCAAACAGGACCCGCCACGGCCUCCCUCUUGAGCCAAGUGGCUGAGGAAGCCUUCCUCAGGGCGCGCAACACUAAAUUUGGAUUGGUUUUUUGGUGUGAAAAAUUUCCAGGAAUCUCAGGAAUUGAUCUCACAGUUGAACCGAGUAGUUUGUGUGCUGUCGUUGGGCCAGUUGGAGCUGGCAAGUCUACCCUACUUCAGGUGAUUCUGGGUGAGUUGGAGCUGGAUGAUGGUUUGAUGACAGUCACGGGAAAAAUUAGUUAUGCCUCCCAGGAGCCAUGGCUCUUUGAGGGCAGUGUCCGGAGGAAUAUUCUCUUCGUUGAGGAAUACGAUGAAAGUAGAUACAAAGCAGUCAUACGAGUUUGUGCUUUGGAAAAGGAUUUGGCCAUGUUGCCUCAUGGUGAUGCCACAAUUGUGGGCGAACGAGGGAUCAGCCUGAGUGGCGGCCAAAGAGCUAGAGUUAAUUUGGCUCGAGCCAUUUAUAAGAAAGCCGAUAUCUAUCUCCUAGAUGAUCCCCUCUCUGCUGUGGACACUCAUGUGGGAAAGCACAUCUUCGAUAAGUGCAUCAAAGAAUUUCUCAAGGAUAAAGUUUGCGUGCUGGUGACGCAUCAACUGCAGUAUUUGAAGGACGUAAACCACGCUAUUCUGAUGAAUGUGGGCCACAUCGAGACCAGUGGCACGUUCAAGGAACUCAAGACCAGCAAGAGCUACAGUUUGCUGGCAAAUGCCAUUGAGGAUGGUGCUAAGGAAGCCAAAGGGAAGACAGAUGGGACAGAUGAUGAGAAGAAAAACAAAACCAACACCAAUUUAGACCAUGAACCAACAGCCUCGAAGGAAUCUCAAAUAGUUGGAGCCGUUGGAUAUCGCACGUACAAAUCCUAUUUGAAGUCAGUGGAAAGUUGCUGGACCGUCUCACUGGUAUGCUUCUUGUUUGUUGCAGCUCAAGUUAGCAUGAGUGGUGUGGAUUACUUUGUGUCCAAAUGGGUAAAUUGGGAGGAAUCAAUCUCAUAUGAGAAAUAUCUCAAGAAUGGAACAGACGGAAGCAUGAGUCAUGCUGAUGAGGAAGAAGUUUCUCGCACGAGAUUCAUCUACACCUACGCCAUUGCCAUCCUUGCCCUCCUGGGACUCACCCUCAGCCGAUCCUAUUCCUUCUUUCACAUGUGCCUCAGAGCAUCCGUCAAGCUGCACGAUAAGCUAUUUCGUGGCCUUACCAGAGCCAGGAUGCUCUUUUUCAACACCAAUCCAUCGGGUCGUAUUCUCAAUCGCUUCUCAAAGGAUAUUGGCUGUGUAGAUGCCCAAUUACCUGUUGCCAUGAUGGAUUGUAUCCUGUUCUUCCUGGAGUUAAUUGCCAUCAUCACAUUGGUGGCUAUUGUAAAUUACUGGCUUCUACUGCCAACAUUCAUAAUGUCCCUCCUGUUCUACCUCCUGCGGUUCGUUUAUGUGAACACAGCCAGGAGUAUAAAGCGCGUAGAGGCUCUUACUCGAAGUCCAGUGUUUUCCCACACAAAUGCCACCCUUCAGGGUCUGGCCACAAUUCGUGCUUUCAAUGCUCAGCAAGUUCUGACGAAUGAAUUUGACUCACAUCAGGAUCUCAAUACAUCGGCUUGGUAUCUCUAUUUGGCCACGACCAGAGCUUUCGCACUGUGGUUGGAGCUCGUGUGUGUUCUAUACAUAACUUCCGUAACAAUGAGUUUUCUCGUUCUCGGCAAUGACGCUUUGGGAGGCAAUGUGGGAUUGGCAAUCACACAAGUAUUCAAUCUUAUCUUUAUGUGCCAGUGGGGGAUGCGUCAGACAGCAGAAUUGGAAAAUCAAAUGACAUCUGUGGAGAGGGUGGUUGAAUAUGCUGAGCAACCGAGUGAGCCAUCCAUGGAUACUGAGCCCAAGUAUCGACCACCGGUCGAUUGGCCACACUCAGGUGGGCUCAAAUUCACCAAUUUCGCUCUCCGUUACACACCUGACGGAAAGGACGUGCUGAAGGAUAUCAAUGUUGCAAUUAGACCAAGGGAGAAAAUCGGAAUUGUUGGCCGAACCGGAGCUGGCAAGUCUUCAAUCAUUCAAGCUCUAUUCCGUUUGGCAUUCAAUGAGGGACUGAUCGAGAUUGAUGGCAUUAAUGCCGAAACUCUGGGAUUGCAUGACCUUCGUAGCAAAAUAUCAAUAAUUCCCCAGGAUCCAAUCCUAUUUACCGGAACCCUGAGACACAAUCUCGAUCCUUUUGAGGAAAAGAAAGACGAUGAAAUUUGGAGUGCUCUAGCACAGGUGGAACUCAAAGAGGCCGUUUCACAUUUGCCUCGUGGUUUGGACAGCAAAAUGUCCGAUGGCGGAUCGAACUUCAGCAUGGGCCAGAGGCAGUUGGUAUGCCUAGCCAGAGCCAUACUCCGGGACAAUCGAAUCCUAGUUUUAGACGAAGCAACGGCCAAUGUUGAUCCGGAUACAGAUCGUCUGAUCCAGACUACAAUCCGGGAUAAAUUCGCACAGUGCACAGUAUUAACUAUAGCUCAUCGACUACAUACGGUCAUGGACAGCGAUCGGGUGUUGGUAGUCGAUGCCGGUCGUGUGGUUGAGUUUGGACAUCCCUAUGAUCUUAUUCAGAAGGCCCAGGGAGGCUUCUUCAGAGCACUCGUGGACGAAACGGGUCCCACCACUUCACUUCAGCUCAUCGAAUUGGCGCGAAAGAACUUCGAUCGGACAUCCCAAGUACCUUCGUGAUUUCCAGUCACAGUUCUUGCAAUCCACCCGCAACAUUUGAGAUUAUACUUAUUUUCCCCUCUCGAAAAAGUCCUCAUUUUUUAUAUUAAAAUUGUAACGCUCAAUCUUGUUUUUUUUUGUAUUUGUCAUGAACUAUAAAUGGAAUUUUCUGUG